UGUGUUUUUUUUUUCGUUGGUCGAAAUCGCCGGUUGCGCCGUCUUAUUUAAUUUGUCGGCUGACACACGAUAUGCCAAAUGCUGAGCUAGACAAAUUUGACGAAUUUCUUAAACUGCCUUGACUUGGCCAAUUUCCAUGCCAUUUUCAUUUCCAUUUACAACGUAAGCAAUGGCCUGCUUAGCAUAGUUCCAGUUGCAGUCCGCUCGCUAWACAAUGGACACACAAGCGCGGCUCCGUCUGUACUUAAUACUAGGUUUGCUAUUGAAGACAGCCAGCUCUGCAGGCUGGUCAAUGUCGGAGGCGGGUCUCAACGACUCCAGCUAUAAUGUGCGUCACUUGUCCACACACUUUGCGCGCGUUUUUCUCAGUGUAAGCGUGGAACACAAUGAUUUCCCUACACUGAUCGAGGCACAGUGGCCCGUCUCCUAYUUGCCCAUGCGCACAGYCAUCUACCCCAACAGCGAAGUCCAUGCAARCAGAGGACAGYUCGAGUCGGACUGCACRCGUCUGCARCAAGCGCAUUGGUCGCAGGUGGAUAGCYUAAGUCGGCUGUGGGUCAUGGACGUGGGCUGGMCCAACAGCGAGUGUCCGCCCAAGCUGUUCGUCUUCGAUUUGAUCAGGAACAAUGCGGAGUUGCUGCGUAUCGAUUGUGGCCAGCACAUUGACAUCAAUGCCUCUGAGAGCUUAGUAGUGCACCUGGGACCCAAGGCAAGCAACUGCGAACUGGAACGUCAUAUYUUCUUCAUAUCGGACGGUCAACCGCAUAUCGUGGCCUACGAUAUACUGGAGCAAACCUGGCAUCGGCGCGAGCUGAAAAGCAACAAAUAUGAAAAU